AAGCCUGACGUUCACUGCACAAGCCUGCAUGGAAAGCCUGCAGGCAGCAGAGGCGAGAGCGUGUCUUCUGGGCUCACGUGUGAGGAAUAAACUGCUGGACAAAAUUCGAGUCCUGCAGCGCCUCCUGCUGGAGAUCAGACGCCAGGACAACGCUCUGCUGUGGGAGAUGAGCGAGAGGCCCCUGCGUUGGGCCCAGAAGGCCGAGGCGCUGCUGGUGCAGAGGGUCGCGGGAGCCUGGGCCGCGUGGAGGAAAGGCGUCCUGCGGCACUCCCUCACUAACCGCUUACCGCGGUGCCUCGAGUCCCUGCGCCACCUGUCCCAGCAGCUGCAGCAGGAGCUCAAGAGGCCGCUGGCCACCCUGGCGGGGGCCUACCAGGACGCGACCGGCCGACGGCUCGACGCCACUUGGAAAGAGACGGUGGUGCUUUGGUCUCGAAAGCUGGCGGAGCAACUGCCUGCAGUUCUGGAGGAGCACCAGCUGGGGGCGCCGCUGAGAGCGGCGCUGGGGGCGCUCACUGCCGCACUGGACCUGGUGAGUCAGCAGAUGGCACAGUGGGCGGAGUCCAGGUUGGGGGCGGCCCUCGUAGGGAUCAGAAGACGACUGGCAUCUCUCUACAAACUGUCACACGGCCGCUGCGAGGUGAGUGUCCAGCUGCCGUUACCGAGGGGCGCCUGGUCGGACGUGGGCGGGGCCGGGAUGGUGGAGUUCCUGCUGGACGAGUGGCUCCUGCGGCCCAUGGUGACCGUGGCAUCCCUGCGACCCGCCGCCGAGCUCUACCGCCUCAAGAGGAGGAUGAUGGAGAGUCCCUUCAACCACCAGGCUCUGCUGGUGUCUGACCAGUUCGCCCUGUCCUUCGACGGGCGCCUCUACGAGCUUCCCGGCCGCUGCCCCCUCCUCCUGGCCCGGGACCUCAUGGGCGGCUCCUUCACCAUGGUGCUCAGCCCCAAUACAGCGCCAGAGCGCACCCUGCUGGUGGAGAUGAGCAACACGACCGUGAGCAUUUCGCCCCACGGCCAGGUGGAGAUGAACUGCCGUGAGACAGACGAGAGCUUCAGUGACAGCGGCGUGUCGGUUAGGAGAGAUGGGGUACUCAUCCAAGUCUCCAAUCAGAACGGAGCGCUGCUGUCAUGUGACCUGUCGCAGGAGGUCUGCAGUUUGACGCUGGAUGGAUGGCAACAUGGUGUGUCUAUGGGGCUCCUGGGGACCAAUGACAAUGAAGCAGGAAAUGAGCUCACCCUCCCCGACGGCUCCCAGGCGGAUGGCGAGGACCACUUCCUCCAGAGCUGGCAGCUGAAGCCACACUGCCGCCGAGGCCCUUGUUCCAAUACCUCCAAGGCCGAAGCGACCUCCGACCUCCUCAGCUGCGCCUCCCUCUUCUCGGAUCUGGACUCCCCCCUCGGCUCAUGCUUCCGGGUGGUGGACCCGGGGCAGUUCUUGGCUGUGUGCGAGAGGUCCCGCUGUCACCGCGGGAGUGCCCCCUGUAGGCUGGCGGCUGCCUUUGUCCACCUGUGUCGCAGAAACUACGUUCCGCUGGACCUUCCAGAGCUGUGUGUGAGUGUCUAAAAGUGGGAGGAGUCACCGAGCCCAGUCCCGGGUUCGAAGUGUAGCCCUGUCUGUGGACAUGAGGACGAGUGUGAUUUUACUGUCCAUGGGAGCCACGGAUACGAUCUGAAGAGAAACAUGAUACGAGGCGGGGGGUGCUGAGCUCAUGCUCCUCUCUGAAGCUCGAUCACAGUUCCAACCGGUGCUUGUAAUGGGGAGUGAACAGCGGAAUGAUGGUGUGCAUUAUUUUUACACCUUUAACAUGAGAGCAGGUUGGUAAAAAAAGUGUAAAGUGCAGGUAAAACAUGUGCACCCCAACCUUGGUUCCAGUGCGGCACUGUUUCAUUGAUUUGUAUUUCCAAAAAGAUGAGCUAAAUGAAAAGGUUAUUAAACUGGAGACAUUUUUGGCCUCUUUCACUUUUCCCAUAAUUCCAUACUGAAUUAAUUUGCAUAGCAGAGUUCCUUAUGGAGAUAGUUAUUAAAAUGCAGUUUCACUUUGUUCCCCUUAUGGAUGACCAGGUACGGAACAUAAUGUAAUAUAGUUCCUCGUUAUUAUAUAGAGGGCAUCAUAGUAUCAGUGCCUUGCAGUCUAAAGUCCCGGGUUCGAAUCCCUGUUCCCACUGUAGCACCUUUAAGCAAAGUACUCACCCUGAUCUGAUAUAGUAAAAAUGACCCACCUGUGCAAAUGGGUGAAUCACUGUCAGUAACUUACUGUAA